CCGGGAAAUCCUCUUUUACACGAUAGAGAGAGAGAGAGAGAGAGAGAGAGAGAGAGAGAGAGAUGAGGGGAAUCGGAGGGCCGUUGCUGUGUAUAGGUGAUCUGCUCAGUGAUGUCGGAGAAUGCGAUGGUGGGGACCACUACCAUCACCUCAAGGUCGACUCCCCCCCGCCUUCACCCGCUCCCUCACCAUCAACAGCCUCGUCCUCCUCACUUCCCAACCUGAAUCUCAAUCUCCAACCCUCUGAUCUCACUAAACUAUUCCAGGAAAAGUAUGACCAUCUCAACGAGGCACUUGCUGGUACAGACCACUCAUGGACAACUUUAACACUUGAGCUUUGCACUGCUCUGGAAACUGCAAGCAAGUUAGUCCAUUCAACUAACUCUCUUGUCAGAUUGCUGUUAGAGAAGGUUGAGGAGCUUGAGGGAGUUGUUAAGAGAGGAGACUCUGCCAUAGCAGCAGCGAAAGCAAUUCACAACUCUCUAAACCAAGGGGUAGGAUCGGUUAGCAGUCGGAACAUUGAACAACCACGGUUGUGAUCACUGUCAAGUUAUAUUCUACAGUAUGGAUGUGCCCUGAGGAUGAGAGAGAGAUCGUGAGAUCUUCCAUUUUGAUGACCUGAACUAACAACAUCGAGGAGUUACAAAGGGCUGCGUUGGCUCUUUAAAUAAAGUUGAGUUGAAACUUGCAUGAAAUAUAACUUAUAUACGAAAUGCAGGCAUAAUAUACGUUAACAAGUUGCGACCUGGCGCAAUCUAUAUUUUAGCAUGGUUUUGGGUCACGAUAAUCAAUUCCAACACAUAACAGUGAAAGCGGAUCAUGCCUUUUGUUUAUUUU